UCACAGUCACACGUGACCCAGGACGCGUCUCCCUUGAAAGUCAUGGACGAAAUCGGUAUUGAGAUACAGCAGCACGAACCUACUUUUGAGUCGAUUGUGACGGAGAAAGUAGCUCUCUACCAAGAGUUGCAGGAGGAAGACUUGUACAUCAAGUACAAAAAGCUGGCGAGGCAUCUGGAAAUGCUUGAAAUCCAAGAGAACUAUAUCAAAGACGAGCAAGCCAAUCUAAAGCGGGAACUCAUUCGCGCGCAAGAAGAGGUCAAACGCAUACAAUCCGUGCCUCUCGUCAUUGGCCAGUUCCUCGAACCUAUAGACCAACACACUGGCAUCGUGGGCUCAACUACGGGGUCCAACUAUGUCGUCAGAAUACUCUCCACCCUUGACCGUGAACUGCUGAAGCCAUCAUCAUCUGUCGCUCUUCACCGCCAUUCCAACGCUCUUGUCGACAUUCUUCCCCCAGAAGCAGACUCCUCAAUCGCAAUGCUGGGCAAAGAGGAGAAGCCAGACGUGCGGUAUCAAGAUGUCGGCGGGAUGGACUCGCAGAAGCAGGAAAUUCGGGAGGCUGUUGAGCUGCCUUUGACGCACUUCGACCUCUACAAGAAGAUUGGUAUUGACCCACCUCGUGGUGUCCUUCUCUACGGCCCACCCGGAACUGGAAAGACGAUGCUCGUCAAAGCCGUUGCUCAUCACACUACUGCUUCGUUCAUUCGAGUCGUUGGCAGUGAAUUCGUCCAGAAGUAUCUGGGUGAGGGUCCACGUAUGGUCCGCGACGUAUUUCGUUUGGCCAGAGAAAACUCUCCAGCUAUCAUCUUCAUUGACGAGGUGGAUGCUAUUGCCACGAAGCGUUUCGACGCGCAAACAGGAGCGGACCGUGAAGUACAGCGUAUUUUGCUGGAGUUGCUCAAUCAGAUGGACGGUUUCGACCAAGGGAGCAAUGUCAAAGUUAUCAUGGCAACCAACCGUGCGGAUACCCUCGACCCCGCCCUGCUUCGACCAGGUCGACUCGACCGCAAAAUCGAAUUCCCGCUGCCCUCUCGAAGGGAAAAGCGACUCAUCUUCCAAACUGUAACGAGCAAAAUGAAUCUGGGACCAGAUGUCGACCUCGAGGACUAUGUCUCGCGACCUGACCGGUUAUCAUCUGCAGAAAUCGCCUCCAUUGUGCAAGCGGCUGGUCUCCAAGCUGUACGCAAAAAUCGUUACGUUAUUCUGCCCAUCGACUUCGAAGAAGCGUGGAAACAAACCAUCAAGCGCGGCGACGAGACCCACGAGUUUUACCGGUAG